UCAGGGAACUCCUUGAGCGUUCGAGGAGCCAUCGUGGAUACGGCAGGAGUGCGCCUGGGAGAGAGGUGGGCAAUUCGUUGGGCACCCCAGGUCAAAGCCUUGUCGUCAGACACUCCCCCAUUCCCCACCCCGCGACUGCCGUGUUGACUGCAGUAUCCACUCCCAUGACUCUGAGUCAUAGGGUAGGGAGGCUCCGGGAUGCUGACCACGGUUCUGGAAACGGGAGAGGGACAGAGCGCACGGCAGGUCACGCCGCAGGCCAGCCAUCCCACGACCAUCUCUCACCACGACGCAUCGGCCCUAGGGUACGGGACACGUACGCCCGUCCAAAGCGGAGUCUCGCCUUCCAGAGGCGUCUGUUCCCUCCACUCCCUUUCCUUCCCCUCCCUUCUCCCGUUCGGCCCCUGACGUUCACGCUGGGAAGAACACAGAAUUCUUCCUCCCAAGCGGUUCGUUGGGACCAUAAAGACUUCCGGUCUAGAGCGGAGGCCUGGCUAGCCUUCGUCCCUCCUCGUUGGUCGGUCAUGGCUUCCAGUCAGAGUCUGAGUUCAACAAAGAGGCGGAGUUUGGUGACGAGCUUCCGCCGGGUUGCGCAGCAGUAGUGGGCGGGGCAAGGGGUCUGUCUCGGACGGCGACAAGUGGUCAGAACCUUUUUCCCCCUCCUUCCCUUUCCCCUUCCCCUCCCGGGAGAGGCUGGGGCUGUCCCGUGGCUGCUGCGGCCUCAGCUCCAGCAGGGUCGGGGUACGGAGAGUCUAGACCGCUUCCAGGGCGAGUGCUCCUAAUUGUGACAUUACGUCUGCCCCCUUGGCGAUGAAGCUUGUCACCAGGAAGGAAGACUCUUUUGGAAAAUAGCCAACAAGAUGGGCUACUGGGAACGUCUCCUGAGUGGCACUGUGCGGAGGCAUCAGGGGGUUGGAGCCUUGUGAACAGGGAACCUGCCCCCAACACUUGGAAGGACCGGGGUUUCAGUGAUGAGACAUGGGGUAUGAUGUAACCCGCUUCCAGGGGGAUGUUGACGAAGACCUUAUCUGCCCUAUUUGCAGUGGAGUCUUGGAGGAGCCAGUACAGGCACCUCAUUGUGAGCAUGCUUUCUGCAAUGCCUGCAUCACCCAGUGGUUCUCUCAGCAGCAGACGUGUCCGGUGGACCGCAGCGUCGUGACGGUCGCCCACCUGCGCCCAGUACCUCGGAUCAUGCGGAACAUGUUGUCCAAGCUGCAGAUUGCCUGUGACAACGCUGUGUUUGGCUGCAGUGCUAUUGUCCGGCUUGACAACCUCAUGUCUCAUCUCAGUGACUGUGAGCACAACCCGAAGAGGCCUGUGACCUGUGAACAGGGCUGUGGCCUGGAGAUGCCCAAAGAUGAGCUGCCAAACCACAACUGCAUUAAGCACCUGCGAUCAGUGGUACAGCAGCAACAGACACGCAUUGCAGAGCUGGAGAAGACAUCAGCUGAACACAAACACCAGCUGGCAGAGCAGAAGCGAGACAUCCAGCUGCUCAAGGCAUACAUGCGAGCAAUCCGCAGUGUCAACCCCAACCUUCAGAACCUGGAGGAGACAAUUGAAUACAACGAGAUUCUAGAGUGGGUGAAUUCCCUGCAGCCCGCAAGAGUGACCCGCUGGGGAGGGAUGAUCUCAACCCCGGAUGCUGUGCUCCAGGCUGUAAUCAAGCGCUCCCUGGUGGAGAGUGGCUGUCCUGCCUCUAUUGUCAAUGAGCUGAUCGAAAAUGCCCAUGAGCGGAGCUGGCCCCAGGGUCUGGCUACACUAGAGACAAGACAGAUGAACCGGCGCUACUAUGAGAACUACGUGGCCAAGCGCAUCCCUGGCAAGCAGGCUGUUGUUGUGAUGGCCUGUGAGAACCAACAUAUGGGUGAUGACAUGGUGCAGGAGCCAGGGCUUGUCAUGAUAUUUGCGCAUGGCGUGGAGGAGAUAUAGGAGGUUGCAACGGGGCUAUCGGGACAAGAUGAAAACCAGAAAAUCCUGUCAUUCCACCAUCUGGGCCCUGUGUCCCCUCACCCCCACUCCAAACACCACGGCCUGUGGGCCACACAUCUCCCUGCUCAUCUGGCACUGAAGGUCCUGGGGCACUUAGCUCAGCCUUUCAGGUGGAAGAUUCACUCCUUUGGCCAUAUUUCUUCCCCUAAAAUGUCUGUAAAUGCUCAUCUGGUUGGGAGGGUCCCCACCUCUGUGUUUUCCUGCCUAGCGUCUGGUUCCAGAUAUUUUUCAGAAAGCACAAAGAGAUCUAUCUCCCCUAGAGGGUCAGGGUGGAGUGAGGGACCUGUAAUUGGCCCCCUCCUUCAAAACAGGGAAUCAGAGCAGGCAGGCCUGUUGACUCUAAGUACCACUUAGGGAGCAUCUCUGAGGAGUGGACAUCCUGAAUAAAUGGUAAGGGUGGAACCAAAACCCCAGCAAUAGUAGGGCCAGGUAGUAGUUGGCCACCACUGAUCUCCCUGUGCCAAUCAGGAUCCCCGUUCACUCCACCAUAAAGGUGCAGGCUCCUGCUGGUGUGCAGGCCCAGAUGAGCUCUUCACCGCUAUACUUUGAUGAUUUGAGAAUGACAGGGUUGGGGGUAGGGGUGAGUCUACUAGGGUUGAUAUCUCAGCAAGGAGCUGCUCUCUGGCUUUGGCUGAAGUAAGGUGGCACUGCCUCUGGCAGCACAGUCAGUAAUUGCCCCACACACCCCUCUCCAGCCCUAUGAUUGUAGUUAGUUCUUUUGAUAAUUUCCUUUGGCCAUUGUUUAUAUUUCACUUCCCCCACCCCCACACACACAUUUUUUAAGAAUGACCUGGUUAUAGCUACCCUCCUUUCCAGCCUGGCCACGUUGUUGGUAAUUUAAUUUAUUUACUUUUUUUUUUUUUUAACGAAAGGAAAAAGGAAAAAAAAAUCAACAAAACUUGAAACUUUUCUUUUGCUGUUCCUAUUGUGGGGAUUCUGGGUAGGGUGGGACAGGAAUGGGGUCUGUUUUAUACUUUUCCUUUUCAGCACAGCCUUUGCUUUUAACAUAGGAAGAGCCAAGGGAGUCCUUGGGUGAACAAUUGACGUUGGCCCCAAACCACAGUAACCCCAUCUGAGAUGAAGAGCUUCCUACAUGGCAGUGAUGGACGUGCCAGCCCAGCGUCAAUGCCUGUGCCCUUGGAGAACUUUGCGCCCAGUCCGCCCAGAGUCUCAUCCUAAGACUCUGGGUUUAGAGUAUUAAUUUUAAAGGCAGUCCCUCCCUUUUCCUUGCAGAUACAUAGCUGGCUUCUAAGCUUCACCAGGCAAGAUGGGGUAGAAAUUAUGUCUCUGGUCACCUCUGAGUAGAGGCUGUAUUCUGCCUCACCCACACCUCCUGAGGACUUUAGCUCCAUUUCUGGCUACCUGGGGCAUUCCUUGAUCCCUAGGGUGACUGGUAGACUUAGGGAAAGGGAAGGAUACUGGGUGUGAUUAUUUUAAUAUGCAGGUGGGACUGGGGUUGGGGAGAUGGAAAGGUUCCUCCCCACCAUACCAUAACAGAUUCUUCUCUCUUUGGAGCUUUAUUGCAGGCCAGCUUGCUGUAGGUCCGAGUAAUUGGGUCAUGCCUCCAUUGGGAUUAGGGUGAUGGGAUACAGCUUGAGGGGAUUAGGGAACAGUCAUGUGCUCCAGCCCCAGGACAUUGUGCUCAGGAAUUCGAAAACGCUGCUACACUUGGCCUGGACUGCAUCUCUUCCACCCUUCUCUGCCCCUGCCUGCCUUACCCAGGCCUUUGUUCCCUUGUCUCUCUGUCACCUGGAGCCAGGACGCUCAGUGAAGUCUUCCCUGCCCGUUGCACUAGUGUCUCUGCAGGUUGCUGGUUGUGUUGUAUGUGCUGUUCCAUGGUGUUGACUGCACUAAUAAUAAACCUUUUACUCAGCUCUAAAUUCUUAAUUCAACAUUCCUGCUCUUCUUGUGAAGUUUUCUCUGCUUUGGCCUUUCUCACCUUAAUUCCCCUUACUCCUUCCUUGCCUUGUAACCUACCCUUGCCUUAGAACAAACCCCUGUUAUAGGAGGAUGUCUGUCUGGGAGUAGUGUGCACCCCACAUCGGCAUUGCUCUGUGUACCCUCCUGCAUCCUUCCUGUCUCCUGUGGCAGCCAAAGCUCUCUGCCGUGAUCUGAAUUGUGUUCUUUAGGGGGCCUACCUUUGCCCCAGAUCCCAUGUCCCCCACAGGCACCUUUGCUUCUGACUGUAGGAUCCUAUCACAGUCAGGAAAGCUUCUACCCCCUUCUCCCAACUGUCUCCUAACCAAGAACACAGAUGUGAGGGAGGGAACCUGAAACAUCUGUUCCCACUGUGAUUGUCAGACCUGGAUAAACCCUUUUCAUGGGCAUUUGUCAUCACCUUCUCCGUGUUAUGAGAUAGGAAAUUCUUUUUUCCUCCAGAAGUAUAUUUUAAAUUUGAGCAUUUAUCAUGCAAAAACCAAACCCAUUGCCGUCGAGUUGAUUCCAACUCAGAGUGACCCUACAGGACAGAGUAGAACCGCCCCGUAGGGUUUCCAAGUCUGCCACAUCUUUCUCCUGCGCAGCAGCUAGUGGGUUUAAAUCACCAACCUCUCAUUAGCAGCCAAGCGCUUAACCGCUGCGCCACCAGGGCUUUUUAUUUAUCAUGCAUGUAAUGUAAAUCUAAUAGUACCACAGAUACUCUAGGAAGUUUAAAAAAAAAAAAAAAAGGCAUGAGUCUGCUACACUCUCAGACCCACAGAAUGAUUAUAAAAUGAUGAUGAACAUAUCACACUGUAGAGCCUAAGAGUGUAGACGCUAGUGAUACCAGUAGCGCUUAAUUUUUUCUUUCUGAAACUCCUUCAAAAUCACCUUCAGAACCUGCUGCUCAUUCUUUUUAAGUCAUGAGUGGUGCAAAUCUUCCUUUUAGGGUAAAUUUGGGUUUUGGAAACACUGAAUGUCUACUCUCAAGGUAACUCAUUAGGUUGGAGCUGAGGGGCUCAUCCUGGCACCUGCCUUCAAAGAACUUACUCCCAAGUGGAAAGAGUACAAUAAGGCAUAAUAAAUGUGCUCCGUGGGUUUACAAGUAGUAUGUGGCCAGAGGGAAGAGGAAGCCGCUGAUCCUGGUGGGCAUCAGAAGCAGUGUUGCAGAUCAGAGGUCAGCAAACUACAGCUGCCAACAGCUGCCUGCUUUUGUAAAAAAGUUGUAUUGGAACAGAGCCAGGCUCAUUUGUUUCUGUAUCGUCUGUGGUUGCUUUUGUGUUACAAUAACAGAACGACAGUUCAAAAAGCCUCAAAUAUUACUUGGCCCUUUACGGAAAGAGUCUGCCAACCCAUUCUAGACAAAAAAGGUCAAGAGAAUUGAGGACGUAGGGUGGGGAGGGUUGGCUCUUUUUUUACUUCAGUAUAUGUAUUUGGGAAAUCACAUUUUCCUACAUUGCCAAAAUAACAAAGGCUUAAAAUUAAUACUACAUCCUUAAUAAUAUAGAACCCAUAUUCAUAUUUCCCCAGUCAUCCCAAGAAAAGUCAUUUAUAGCUAGUUUUUGUUCAUACCUGGAGAGCCAUGCAUUACAUCAGGUUAUGUCUCUUAACUCUUUCACUCUCUCUGUCUGGAUUCCUGGAAUCACCUUAAUUUUGUGUAACACUAACUUGAAGAGAUUAGACUGAUGGAUUCUUCAGUGUCCUUUAGCUUGUUCCUCUAGCGUCUAUUUUUACUAUAAACAAAAUUAAAGUCUGGAGAAUUCAAAUUAAACAGUUCUGGGGAUUGAAUGAGCCCUGGUGGUGCAGUGAUUAAAGCGCUCGACUGCUAACCAAAAGGUCCGCAGUUCGAAAUUAUCAGUGGCUUGGAGAAAGAUGAGCACUCUGCUUCCUUAAAGAUUUACAGCCUUGGAGACCCUGUGGGGGCGCUGUAGCUUGGAAUCGACUGGAUGGCAGUGGGUUUGGUUUUGGUUUGGGGAUGGAACACAUCACAGGAGAGGUGUUCUUAUGUUGUGUGACAUUAGAAAAUAUGUGCAGUUGUCCCACCAUUAGUGUGAUGUCUUCAUUGUACAGUUGUAUGGAGAAACCUGGCUAGCUAGGCGGUGAGUAUGUGCCCCAAAAGGAGGGGGCUGUCGUGUCUUUCUCCUUCAGUGUUCCCUUCACCUUCACUUGUUUUUUUUUCAUGCUAUGAUCUCAGCCUAAAACACAGGUUGCAAAUUGGUGAACCCCAAGUUUUGUUUGUGACUAUUCUUACUAGUUUUCAAGAAACUCUGGAAAUGCUAAUGUUUAUGCUAAAUCUUGCAAUUUUUUAAUGUUGGCUCAAAUUUGUAAGAAAAAAAUGCUUUUGGGUAAAAAAAAAAAAUCUGGGGCCCACCAGUUUGCAACCUCUGUGUAGACUGAGAUCAUAGCAUGAACAAAAAUGAGUGAAGUGGAGGAUAAUGUUGAAGAGGGAAGAUAAUAGUGUAAUCGGGAACCCAGUUUGUUGAAGUAGUGGAAGAUAAGACCAGGGAUAAUUUGGGGCCAGUUCUUGGAAGGCCUUGAAUGUGUGGUAGAGAAUUUGGACUUUUAUCUUGCGGGUUUUUAGGAAGAGAAAGGACUUAUAACUUGUAAUUCUGAUGGCAUUGUGAAGAGAGGAAGAAACUGGUGGGAAUUCUAUCAGUAAGCUUUGCAGUAAUUCAUGCAAGAGAGGGCUUGAACUGAAAUAGAGCAGGAAAGGACGAGAUGGGGGGAAAAAUUGGUAGGUCUUACUCAUUAAAUUGAGUCAGCCAACAAUUAUAGCACAGCUGUCAUGUGCUGGGCAUGGUGCUAGGCAUUCUUCCAAGUAAGAAACUUGCAGAGUAAGACAUAGUAGGUGACAUACACUUUAAUAAAUAAUGAGAAAUAUAGAAUAAUUUGUUGCUAAUAGAUAUGGACCAAGUGUAAUGGGACAAUGAGGAGGAAAGUGGUUAACCACCUGGUGAGAUGCAGGAGGGAAGGCUUCUUAGAAAAAUCAGUGGAGCUGAGUUCUGAACAGCAUUGGACAUUGGCAGUAAAGGAGGUAAUGCCAACUGAACAUUUAUUGUGAGUCAGGCACUAUCCUAAGUAUUAAACAUUAACUUAGACAUCCCAACAACUUUUUAUAAAGAGGUACUAUUAUCCCCAUUUUCUAUGUGGGGACAAAAGUCAUAUAGUUAAUAAUCAGAACUGGGAAACCCAGAAGGCCAUUGCUGAGUCUUAGCUUGUAAUCACUGCACAUGACAAUGGGCACACAACCAGUGAUGAAUCACAGGUGAAGACCGGUGUUUCUGGUCUGUGUGGAUGAGAAGAUGGUGUCAUUAACCUGACAGGGAGAAGAGGAGGAGCAGGUUUUGGGGGUGAAGUAAUGAGCUCAUUUGGGGAACACUGAGUUGGAAGUGUUUAGCCAGAAAUGGAGAACAGUCUGGAGCUUAAGACCAAGAAGUUCAGACUAACAAUGUGGACAUGGGAGCUGUCUGCCCAGACGUGAUCAAGAAACUUUAGGAGUAAACACGAACACUAGAGGAGAAGGCUAAGGUUAGGACCUUGGAUUUCCAGAAGUAAUCUCGAACAAAACCUAGAAAGUAGAUGUAUGAUAAAGUUAGCUAAUGUUGUUUCAAGUAAUUUUGAAGUAAUGAAUCAUUGACAUGUGGCUCAUAAACUAGCUAUGAAGGAGUUCCAGAAACGUUUUGUGUAAUGACAUCACUCCCUGGAACAAGUGUAGGUGGAGAACAUUUCAGUCACAAGUCCUCUAAUGAUUUGCUUUACAGGAUAAACUGCAGAAAUCCAAGCCUCUUAAAAUUUGGAACAAGUCAACAACCUGGAAGGGGAUAAUAUUAAAUUCUUGUUAGAUUCCCGUCAUGUCAGCUUUUUUUAUACUAGUCACGUAGAAGCUGAAAAGAUCAUUAUGGGGUGGCAUUAGCUAGUUGCUUAUAAAGGUGAGGAGAAAGAAGGCAGGAAUUAGGCCAUCAUAUGGAAAUGACCAGCCUGAUUAUGCAGGUAUCUGACUGGGAAGAAUUAAGAAAUUAGGUGAGGGGAAAUGGGUAACUUUGGUUAGGCAGGGUAUGUUGGUGAAAGGAAUUUGUGUUUGAUCAGAUGGGGAGCUGAAGUUCCUGGGCAGGGGAAUAAUAUGACGAAACCAGUGUUUUAGAGCAAUCGCACCAGUUAGUAUAGGGUGGAUUUAAGUGAUGAAACUGGGGCACCUUAAAGGUCAUUGUAACAAAGACAUGAAUUAAGAUGAAACAAUAAUUGGUGAGUGAUAGGCACAGGAGAAAAGAAAAUGUCAGAUAAUUCUUAAGGUUAAACACUAGAAGAAACUGAGAGAAGAAAGGGUUCAAUAGAAAUGGAAAAGUUGAAAAUGUGAUUCUGGGAGAGAAAGAGAAGUUUUGCUUUCAUUUUAGGUGACAGUAGGCCAGCUCUGCAGACACACAGGCAACAGGAGAUACAGGAUCAUGGUUUAGCUGAGAGGUCAUGCCUGGAAAGGUGGCUUGAGAUAUUAGGAGAAGGGAGAAGAAUGGAGCUUUGGCAGACUUCACAAGAGGGAGAAAAUAAAUGAGGCAGAGAAGCAGUGUCCUGAGGAGAAAAUAAAAUGUCUUUGAGGCCUAAUGAGAGAUUUUUAAAAGAAAUUAUUUCAAACACAGGAAAAGAUCGAGAAGACUAUUGGAUUUGGUUGAUGGUUUCUAUUAAUGUCUAAAAAUUUUCAGGAGGCAGAAACCAGAUGACAGGGUAUUAAGGUUGCAUGGAGCUGGAGGCACAGCAUAUUUUAUUUGAAAAGGUAAGAAAGUAGACAACAACGUGGUGAUUUGGAAGUGUCAAGUGGAGGUGGGGUUUUGUUCUGAAUUCAUGAAAGCUUAAAUUAGCAGAGCAGGAGAAUUUGAAGGUGUUAUGAGAAGAAUGGUUAUGGAAGCUUCCUUAGGAGAUUGAAAUGAGCAGGAGUGCAAAGUGGAGAAGAUAACUUUAGGGCAGAUAAGGCCAAAUACUGUACACCAGGAACUAAAGAAUGCCAGUGAGUGGAAUGUAGUAAAUAUGUAAGAGUGGUGAGAGAAAGGGGGUGAGAUCAUGCAACACAACGAUACAGGGAUAGAGGAUUUGCUGGGGUGGAAGGGAAAGGGGGAAGGAGUCGUGGGUGGGCCAGGGGAAUCAUAAAAAUUUAAAAUUAUCUAUUGUAUAUGAAGGGAGAGGUGUUGGCCUCUAAUCUCCAGAAGUUACAGAGGAAGUACAUGAGAGUGAAAGGGAGAGUCUCCAAGUAACAACCUAUGCCAGACUCUCCUUCCCCAUCCAGAUCCUCCAUUUUGUAAGCCAUGGAUUCCUCCUUUCUCUCUGCACAACAGCAUUAUUGGUUGCCCUCUGCUGGUCAGUUUUGGUAUUGGCUCUCCAGGUAUUUAAAUCUGAGUGCAUGCACAAAAAGAGAUUUGCUAGGAAGUAGAAUACUGAGUUUAUUACUACUACUGAGCCUAUUAAUUCACUCAGUACGUAUUACAUCAUAUCUAUGUAUAAGGCCAUUUAGAUGAGAUACAAAGAAAAUAUAAAGCCUUCUCAAAAAGCUUAUAAUCUAGUCUGAGUCAAGAUUAAAACAUGUACACAUAAUUCUCAGUUCACUGUACUGUGGUGGCUUACAUGCUGCUAUAAUGCUGUAAGCUAUACCACUGGUAUUUCAAAUACUAGCAGGGUCACCCAUGGUGGACAAGUUUCAGCAGAGCUUCCAGAUUAAGACAUUGGGAAGAAAGGUCUGGAAGUCUGCUGCUGAAAAUUAGCCAAUGAAAACCUCAUGGAUCACAACAGAACACUGUCCAACUCACUUGCUUUGGACAUGUCAUCAUGAAGGAUCAAUUGCUAGAGGAUGAUGUUUGGUGAAGUCGUGAAAUAGAGGGCCAACAAGGGUAUAAGAGACCCUUGGUGAGAUGGAUUGGCACAACAGCUGCAAGGAUGGAUUCAAACAUGCUGGCUGUUGUAAGGAUGACACAGGACUGGGCAACAUUUGUUCUGUUGCACAUGGGGUCGCCAUGAGUCGGAGGGGACAGCAACUAACAACAACAACAUGUAACUACUGUAAAAAAAUCCAUUUAUUCAACAGUUUUUUAAUUGAAUGGCUUAUAUGUGCCAGAGUUUAUAGUCUACCGUUGCAUUCCACCGGGGAAAAAAGACUUUAAAUAAUAGGGCAUAGGAUGUGAUGAGCAUAGGUAGUCCGGAGAACCAACAUUUAAGUGGAGACUGAGUAGAAGGUGAGGAUGAGAAAAAGCAUUUCAGGCAGAGAACAGUGUGAACAAAGCCAUGUACCAGGAACUUAAAGAAUGCCAGUAGCCCUCACAAUUAUCCUUACUUCCAGAUAAAGGCCCAGAGAGGUUAAGUAUCUUGCUCUAGUAAGUGGUGGGCCCAGCCUACAAGCACUCUUAAGUGGACAGACCUGAGACAUAUUUAAUCAAACCCAAAACCAAGUCCACUGCCAUUGGGUUGGUUCCAACUCAUAGCGACCCUAUAAGGACAGGGUAGAACUGCCUCAUGGAGUUUCCAAAGCUGUAAAUCUUUAUGGAAGCUGACUGCCACAUCUUUCUCCCACAGAGCAGCUGGUGGGUUUGAACCACCAACCUUUUGGUUAACAUCUGAGCCUUUAACCACUGCACCAUGAGGGCGUCUGUUGAGAGAUAUUUAGAAAGUAGGAUAUACAGACUUCAGACAGAGCCCUGGUGGUGCAGUACUUAAGAACUAGGCUGCUAACCAAAAAGUCGGCAGUUCAAAUCCACCAGGCACUCUCUGGAAACUGUGGGGCAGUUCUACUCUGUCCUAUAUGGUUCCUAUGAGUCAGAAUCGACUAGAGGAAAAUGGGUUUGUUUUUUUGGUAUGUCCAUACGUAUUUAUUUUGCAGAGGUCUGUCAAGCGAGAUGUCCUGCA